AUGGCAAUAGCAAAUGAAAAUACCAGUCAUCAUGUCGAAGCUGCAAGUUCUACCCCAGCGGAUAUAGUCAAUUAUACCCAGUGGAAGCCGGAAAAAGGACAACGGUUUAUCUUCGGCUGCCUAUCUCUGUUGUCUUUUAUCAUAGCCUUGGACACCACGAUCGUGACUCCAGCCAUCCCAGUCCUUCAAAAUUCGUUGCAUGGUGACUUGGUCAAGGUCUUCUGGACAGGAACAUCGUAUCUUCUUGCCAGCGCUGUGUACCAACCUUUCAUAGUCGACCUGUCCGAUGUGUUCGGCCGCCGAAUCAUCCUCGCUUUGGUGACCUCCCUCUUCACUCUGGGAACGAUAUUGUGCUCCGUAUCACAUGAUUUCAAUCUCUUUCUCGCGGGGCGCGGCCUACAAGGACUGGGUGCGGGAGGCAUCAUGGCUACGUGCAUCGUUAUCACCACCGACAUUGUGCCGUUGCGCCAACGACCUACAUAUUACGCAAUUAUCCAGAUGGCAUGGGCUGCGGGCAGUCUUGCUGGCCCAGUUGUUGGGGGAGCAAUAGCGCAAAGUACCAGCUGGCGCUGGAUCUUUUACAUCAACCUCCCUUUUUGUGGAAUCGGUCUAAGGUUGGUGCCUCUGACUGUGCACCUGAAAGCCGAGAGACCGAGCAUCAUGCAGCGAUUGGUAUCGAUUGACUGGAUAAGUGGUGUGGUUUUUAUCGGUAGUCUGUGCAGCUUUCUGAUUGGCAUAAGCUGGGGCGGUAACCAGUUCGCUUGGUACAGCUGGCGAACUAUCGUACCGAUUGGUGUUGGAGGCGUGGGCGUGAUUGUCGCAAUCCUCUGGGAGGCCUUUUUCGCGACCCGGCCAUUCAUUCAUGUGUCGCUUUUCGCAAACUAUUCGGCACUGAUCGCGUAUGUUUGUACCCUUUUGCAGGGAGCAAUAAUGGCUCUUCUUUAUUUCAUCCCGUUAUUUAUGCAAAUUGUCAAGGGCUUUGAUGCUGUUGGAAGUGGACUGGCGCUAAUGGUGGUCUUAGGAGUGAUGCUGCCUGGUAGUAUGGCCGCCGGCAUCAUGAUGACGCGUCUCGUACGCCAUCACUGGGCAGUUUGGACUGGCUGGACAUGCUCUAUUCUAGCCACGGGCUCAAUGACACUGCUGAAGCAGCACACAUCGGCCUCUCGCUGGGUUUUUAUUUUCCUUACGCUCGGGGUCGGCCAAGGGCUCUCGCUGACGUCCCUUAAUUUCGCAGUGCAGGCGCUAGCCCGGGAUAAUCGGGAUACGUCUGCAGCAGGGAUGUACACAUUUAUGCGGACCUUAGGGAUGUGUAUUGCAGUGGCAACGGGAGGCACCUUUUUCGAAAACCGAGCGGCCUAUCAACUCGGUCAGGAUAACCUGCUGGUGAGUGUGGCGAAAGCAGCUGCUCAAUUUGCCCUAGAGCUGAGGGAACCAGGAUUCUCGUCGGCUCUCAAAACUCGCUACAUCCUUGCUUUUACCGAAGCCUUUAAACAGCUCUGGUUUUUCUUCAUGGCCAUAUCGGCCCUUGCACUUGUCUUGUCGCUCUUUAUACAUCAUUCCAGUCUGGAUCGAACCCUAGAGUCCGAGCAUACUUUAAUCAACUCGGCCCAAUCAGCCGAUGAGUAA